AUGGCGGCGGAGUUGGAUUUUGGCGAUCUACAGCUGUUCGAGGCGUUUGACCACCCCGAGGAGUCGAUUCCGACGCCCGUUCACACCCGUUUCAAGGACGACGACGACGACGAGGAAGCGGAAGAGAAUGGGGUUGGCGACGUGGAGAUGCGGGAGCGCAUUCGGCAGUGCGAGGACACCAUUGAGCAGCUGCGGGACGAGAAUCAAAAACUUAAAAGAAAACUGAACAUUCUGACUCGACCAAGUGGAAUACUGGUGAACAAUACUAAAUUAGAUGGACCUUUAUUACAGAUUCUAUUUAUGAACAAUGCUAUUUCAAAGCAAUAUCAUCAAGAAAUAGAGGAAUUUGUAUCAAAUUUAGUAAAAAGAUUUGAGGAACAGCAGAAAAAUGAUGUGGAAAAGACUUCCUUUAAUCUUUUGCCCCAGCCGUCCAGUGUUGUAUUGGAAGAAGACCAUAAAGUAGAAGAAUGCUGUGCUGUUAAAAAUAUCAAGGAAGCUUUUAGUGUUGUAGGAAGUGUCCUGUAUUUUACUAAUUUUUGCCUUGAUAAAUUGGGGCAACCUCUACUAAACGAAAACCCUCAGCUUACGGAAGGAUGGGAGAUACCCAAGUACCAGCAAGUCUUCAGCCAAAUUGUUUCUCUAGAAGGGCAAGAGAUACAAGUAAAGGCAAAAAGGCCAAAGCCUCACUGUUUCAAUUGUGGUUCGGAAGAGCAUCAAAUGAAAGAUUGUCCAAUGCCUCGGAAUGCUGCUCGAAUAAGUGAAAAGAGAAAAGAGUAUAUGGAUGCGUGUGGGGAAGCAACUAAUCAAAACUUCCAGCAGCGGUACCAUGCGGAAGAAGUUGAGGAAAGGUUUGGGAGAUUCAAGCCAGGAGUUAUUAGUGAGGAACUUCAAGAUGCACUUGGUGUGACCGACAAGAGUCUUCCACCUUUUAUAUAUCGAAUGCGCCAGCUGGGAUACCCACCAGGGUGGCUCAAAGAGGCUGAACUGGAGAAUUCAGGCCUUGCGCUAUAUGAUGGAAAUGAUGAUGCAGAUGGGGAAGCAGAAACCGGAGAAGUCCAACAGAAUAAAAGCGUUACUUACGAUCUCUCCAAAUUGGUAAACUAUCCAGGUUUUAAUAUAUCUACUCCCAGAGGAAUUCCAGAUGAAUGGAGGAUGUUUGGCUCCAUACCCAUGCAGGCAUGUCAGCAGAGGGACGUAUUCGCCAACUACCUGUCCUCUAACUUCCAAUCGCCAUAUGUGAGGUCUGGCAGUAAGAGGUCUUCCUCUCAGUCCAGUCCUUGCAGUCCAAAGAAGCAGAAGAAGGACAGCAGCUCAGAAGCAUCUCCUGCCAACAUGGAACUCGACUCAGAUGGAGAGGUACCCCAUGGGUCUCAGAGCAGUGAGGCUUUUCAGUUCCAACCGCCACUACCACCUGGCACACCUCCCAUCUUCACACCGCCUCUCCCCAAAGGCACCCCUCCGAUGACUCCCAAUGACUCACCUCAGACCCGAGCAGCCUCUGCAGCCAUGGAUGAGGACGCCCUGACUCUGGAGGAACUUGAAGAGCAGCAGAGGCGGAUAUGGGCAGCCCUCGAGCAGGCUGAGAGCGUCAACAGUGAUUCUGAUUUUCCUGUGGACACACCUUUAACUGGGAACUCGGUUGCCUCUUCACCUUGUCCCAACGAACUAGACCUCCCUGUACCUGAGGGAAAGCCAUCUGAAAAGCAAGUGUCAGUUGCAGAAGCCGAGGUGCCCAGCACUUGCACAGAGAAAUCUGAAGUUGAACAUUCCUCAGCGAGCCCAGUUAUGGAGGCUGCAUUGCUCUGUCCAAAGGAAAAGGAAGAGGUUGGCUCUGAAGGUGCUCCUCUUGAUAAUGGCAAUGUGUCAAACUGUGACAUUAGUAAUGGGGGCAGCCAGCAGCUCCUCCACCCGGGCACUAGUCCCUCCACCAGCACAAAAACUCACAGCCCCAUCCCUGACAUGAGCAAGUUUGCAAUAGGAAUAACUCCUUUUGAAUUUGAGAAUAUGGCGGAAUCUACUGGAAUGUAUCUCAGGAUAAGAAACUUGUUAAAGAACUCGCCCCGAAACCAGCAGAAAAACAAAAAGGUUUCUGAAUAA